AUGAAAACCACUUUCCUGACCCGAACAAUCUCAGCUUUAGCGUUCGCGAUCUUUAUCAGUCACUGGGAACAUCAUGAUGAAGCAGCCAAUAACUCCAUCCACAAUGUAUCUGACAUGACAAUAUACGACGGGGACGACACCUCCUCUCUCAUAUGCCUUCUGAAUCCAAUAGCUGCCAGCGAAGGCAGUGCUAACACUAGCAGCCUUUGCUUGGAAUAUGGAGAUUUCUGGCACCUUGCCCAGAACUAUGGCCAGUGUGACAAACUACCAAGGACGAGUGGACAAUCUACCCAAGCUUUACCUGGAGAAGAGAAAAUCAAUGAACUCGUCAAGGAGCUUAAGGACAUAUGA